AUGGGUAAACCAAAGCGCAACGUCCUCGCCGCCGCGCAAGAGGCGCUCUCUCCACCUGCCGAAUUGGAGCCUACCCAAGUCAUCGUGCGCGUGUUGAAGCCCGAGGGAAACAAUUUGUAUACCUGCGAGAUGCCAAACAAGAAGCCCGUGGUGCUCGAGCUCGCCCAGCGAUUCCGCAACACCAUCUGGAUCAAGCGCGGCGGAUAUGUCCUGGCCGAGGGUUAUCCGGUGGGCACCCAGGACAGCAGAGCAAUUGGAGAAAUUAUAAACGUCGUACGAGACGAGAAGCUAUGGCGAAAGCAGGCGUACUGGUAUGGGAUAAGCCUUGUCUAUUUCGGUAUUAUGCAAUUUAUUAAUGAGAUAUUCUAG